AUGUCCGUGAUCGGCGACCACGCGGCGAAGAAGCUGGAGAAGCUCAUGGCGAAGGAGGCCAAGGCGGAGGAGCAGAACAUCAAGCACGCGCUCAAGGACGUGAAGAAGGCGGAGAAGGCCGUCAAGAAGAGCGUGAAGGCGGUGGAGAAGGCGGAGAAGAAGAAGCAGAAGGUGCUGAAGACCGAGCACUCGACGGUGAAGGCCCUUACCAAGGCGAAGCACAAGCACGCCGACGUGCUCGAGGGCGAGGCAAAGGCGGAGGCAGCAGCCGCGGCACAGCGCGAGAAGGAGGUCGAGGCGGACCGUGGCGUGCAGCAGACGCGCGCAGAGCUCGAGAGCAUGCAGAUGACCCUGGGGGGCAAUGCCAAGGAGCGCGAGUCGCGCCUGGCGGAGGUCCUGGGGCAUUUCGGAGAGGGGGACGCGGUGGUGCCGACGUCCGCGCAGUUGGCGUCGCGUUUGUGA